UGCCAUCAAAUGCUAAUGCACCACCGACGAACUCGCACUCUAGACAGAAAUAUAAAUAUUUUUGUAUUUCUGCUAAAUAGAAUGGCAAAAAUAUUAUUACUGCUUUGUCUUGCCUUUAUUGUUGCUACCACUGUAGCAGGAGAAGAAAAUGAACAGAAACCCCUAUGUUCCCCUUUAUUCGGUUAUUGCCAAUCAUCAUUUGGACCGUUUGGCUGUUGUCGUAACUUAAUAUGUCUGGGUUACGCUGCAAAGUGUAUAGCACUUUCACCCGGACAGUUAAUUCCAGGAGAUAGUAGGCCUAACUGGAUUGAAUAUUGAAUUUAGCAGUCGAAAUGUAGUUCGAAUUUCUUCAAACCUUUAGCGAUUUAGAUUUAUCAUCAAAAAAUAAAAAUGUAAUAUUUAUCUGCACAAUUAUCAUCCUCAAAAGUUAAAGUAAUGUUAUUCCCAAAGUGCGUAAUGCUCUUGAGUCACCUUUUUAAAUCACAUUAGUUUCUUAGAUAUACAUCAUCAAUUAGCAAAAAAAAACUUAUAUUCCUAUUUAAGAUGGUAUUAAAUAUCAAAGUUUAUUUUUUAUUCUUUAGAUUAAGAAAUUAAGCAAUUUGAAUCUUACCACUAUUGAUAACAGCUUUUUAGAGCUCGAUCUAUAAUAGUAUUAAUAACAUUGCAUUAUCUUCAAAGCGAAAUAAAAACUCAAUUGAGCCAGACAUCACUGUCUUUAUACAUAUUAAACCAUUUCCCAAAAUUUCAGCACAAUAUAUUCAUUUUUCGAAUUGCAAGGCUCCCGAAUAUAAUAACAUGUAAUAAUUGUUCACGUGGUAGACUAUGGUAACUUUCGAUGACCUCAUAUAUUUUAUAUAAAUUUCGUCUUCAGUUUGAUAUUUUAUUUCGUUUCA